GACUUCGGGCAAGACCCACUCACUCUGCCUGCCUCUCAGUUUCUCGGCUUGUCAAGGAGGCAUGAGAAUGACCCCCCUUUCCAACAGGACUGUGAGGACAACACGACAAAUAGCUUAACAAUGCCUCGGGCCAUUAAGAGCAGGGACAAAGUGACACGCAGUCUUACUAGUGGAAUGGAUUUGGCCUCUCACGAUGAUGUCUGCUGUUCCGGUUCCCUUCGCCAAUAGGACAAAAUGCAGCUUGGCCGGCCCCACGCUUGGUUAGAGGAUUGUGAUGUUCCUGGGAUUAGUUACAUUCACCUCUGGUCAGGAUGAGGUCUGAGGCAGAAGCCAGUCCCGCGGCGCUGCUCACCGCCUAGCUCAGGAAGUCAGGGCUGGGAAAAUUGAGCCUAGUCACCCCACCUGGCGACCACAGCGGAUCCGACCCGGGCUCCAGCCGCACCUGCAGCCGCUGACCACGUGACCGCCGCCAGUGCCAUGGAUCAAACACAGAGAGGAAUCCUGGGCCAGCCCAGGCCGGUCCCCACCACCCCGCCCACGAAGAAAAGGACGUCAGUGAUGUCUUUCUUUUCCAAGGUCUCUUGGACACUGAGGUUCCAGAAGCGGGAGUCUCUGAAGAAUGUGUUUUCCAUCUUGGCAGAAAGAGCCCAGGACCCCAACGCUAAAAAGCGCCACAUGGCAAUGAGAGGCCUGGGAACCAUGGCCUGUGAGACCCCUGACAAGGUGAGAAAGUAUAAGAAAAUUGUCCUAGACCUGCUGGUGCAUGGAUUGUAUGACCCUGUGAGUGCUGAAGUCAUCCACGAGAGCUUGAAGACACUGACCAUCAUUUUGGGCAAGAUCCAGGGGAAAAGUCUAGGCUCUUUCUUCGUAGACAUCACUCUCCAGACCAGGACUUUAUUAGAUGAUGAGAAUGACAACAUGAGGUACUCAGCCUUUGUCUUGUUUGGCCAAUUGGCAUCCUUUGCUGGACGGAAAUGGAAGACAUUUUUCACCAGCCAGGUCAAGCAGACUCAAGAUUCCCUCCUGAUACAUUUACAGGACAGAAAUCCCCAGGUUGCCAAGGCUUGCAAAACAACAUUUCGAGCCUGUUCUCCGUAUCUGAAAGAAAGAAAGGAAACCGGCUUCCAGACUGAAGAAGAUCAAAGGAACCCUAAACUCUGCCGGCAGCUGGUGAAGCCAGCCGCCAUGUAAGAAGCCAGAUUACCAGGAACGAAGAAGAAUGUCUGAGAUCACCGUUUUGGAGGAAAGACCAGGCUAACUGCGUGGGACGCCACAUGGAGAGCUGAGGAACCCAAUCCACAGUGAAGUCUGAGGUCCAGGCGCGGGACGCACGUUGGCCGUUCCAGCCAGACUCCGGCUGUCCACGUGACCCAGCUAACACCAGCUGUCUCCAUGAAGCCCAUCCCAAAUUGCAAAAUUGUAAGCAAGGGAAUCAAGUGAUUGCUGUUUUAAAUUGCUAACUUCCGGGAUAGUUUGUCACUCGGCAAUAAGUAACCAAAAGAGGUUCCUAAUCACUAAUUUUGUCAUUUGGCCAGUUUUGUUUUGCUCUUAAUAAGUCCUCUUUGAGUUUAAACUAUAUUUCUAGAAAGUUGUAUUAUGAUGGAAUUCUGCGGUGAGAGCAAGGGAUGCCUUUUUUGGACGUUGUUGGACCUUUGGAUGCCUUGUUCUCCUUUUUCUAGAUCACCCUGUGCAUCACAGCACCCAGUGUGCAGCAGCUGAUCCAGAAACAUUUGCUCAGUGACUAAAUAGUUGCAAAUUGUAGCAGGAACAGCGUCCAAAGUAGUUUGCUACUCUGGGAUCUUAGCCAUGGGCUCACACUCUUCCUUUCCAGCUUUUUCUUCUGUUACUCUUUUUGCUUUAGCCAAGUUUGGCUCCUCUCUCUCUUUAAACCCUUCUUGGUCUCUUAUGCUCCUUUGCCUUUGCUCAGUCUCCUCCUUUUGCUUUGAAUUCCCUACCCCCAGCCAUGCAUACUCACAGGCACACCCACACACACAUCUCAGGUGUAUAUCUUCUCUGUACUUUAAGACUGAUCAUUGCCCGAUCCCCUCAAUCAGGAAAGAGCUCGCAUCUCUGAAUUCCCAGAACAUUCUAGCAGUUUUAUGCUGCUUGACAUGUUUGAUCUCUUUGAAAGUUUUUACCGCCAUGUCUUUUUCCCCCUGGUUCAAGAGAAGCUGCUGAAGGAGGGAUCCUACCUUGUAUAGCUCUGUCACGUGACCUCAAAGGUACUCAGUAAGUGCUUAGUGAAUAAAUGUGGAUUGGGGAGGAAAAAGUCCGGAAGUCAUCUGAAGCUACUCCCCCUUGGGAGAAGCUCAUUUUGUGAAAUGAGGACCAUUAUUUCUCUCCUUAUAACCCAUCUGCUGGUGACUUUUAUGCUUGUGUACUUAAGUAACCCUUUCCAUGUAAGAUGCCUGUUAAUUUGCUAAUCUAAAGGUAAGGCUUUGAUAUUUUUUUACUUUUAAACACUAGAUAUGCAACAGUUGAGUGAAUUAAAGAAAGAAAAAGGAAUGUUCAGGUGCUACCGUGCUAUGAGCUCAGGGUAGAGAUCCACAUAAAACAUGGUCCCUAUUUCCUGUUGCCCACAUGAUGGACCUUUCUUUUUUUUUUUAAAGAUUUUAUUUAUUUAUUUGAUAGACAGAGAUCACAAGCAGGCAGACAGGC